GCCAACGUGCGGGAGCGCCAGCGGACCCAGUCGCUCAACGACGCCUUCGCGGAGCUGCGGAAGAUCAUCCCGACGUUGCCCUCCGACAAGUUGAGCAAGAUCCAAACCCUCAAGCUGGCCGCCCGCUACAUAGACUUCUUGUACCAGGUCCUGCAGAGCGAUGAGCUGGACCACAAGAUCACCAGCUGCAACUACCUGGCCCACGAGAGGCUCAGCUACGCCUUCUCCGUCUGGAGGAUGGAAGGGGCUUGGUCCAAGUCCACGACCCACUAU